AUGCGACGUAGUGGAUUCGUCGCACCGCCUGACAACCCACAAUACGGAAAGAUGGAGACACGGGAUUAUGAAGAGUGGGGUUCACCACAUGAUAGUUCAGUACGCGCUCAUCAGCAAAGUCCGCUGCGCCUCGCACGUGCCUACAGCGUGCCAUAUCCAGGACUAUCGACAACUUGGGGGAUGGGCGGAUCAUCAGGCAUCUCGACUACUAGUUGCGGAAAGGUGAAGCAUAAUGUGCACCACCAGAAAUAUCGUCACAGUCCGUAUGGCACCUCAUUCAAUAUAUUUUCUGCUCUUCCUAGCACCCUCGUUCCAGCUGUGGCAGGUCGCCGUUCUGAUAUUCACCCAUCAGUUGAUAAACAGGACGUUGCAGCGCGGGCAGUUGGUAACAUUCCUCCCCACCGAGCUUACAGGUCCGCUUCUGUUGGAUGCUUCGAGGAGCUGAGUAAACCCGACACCCCAACAGAUACGCCAUCGCAGUCGUCUCCCGCUCUCACGUCCUGUUGGCUCUCACCAUGGAGUCGGUUUGGUGGGAGAGACGGACAACUAGAUGUAGAAUGUGGUACGGUGUAUCCCAGCACGCAGAAUAGCAGUCCAGUGUCCUGUGGGGGAGCAGUAGCAGCUUUCGGCGGCAUGACCAGUGUUCUUACUCGCAAAAGCUCCCGUCAACCGACGCAGGUGCUGCACCCAUCACCUAAAAAAGAAUUGGAUCAGUUGAUACCGGAUGGCCUUACUCCUUCAUCCAAUGAAUCGGACACGAACUCAGCUCCUAGCUCCCAGUCCCGGCACACAAAAAAUCAAACAACUUUCAGUGGAAGUGCGAAAAACCACGAUCGCCCCAGCGGGCACGGCGGGCUUUCGGAUUGCUGGUCAACUAUUCAACCACCCAACAUCACCGACAGCGGCGAAGGGGAAAUAUAUGUGCCGGAGACCACUCAACCGGUAGCGAGUUCGGUGGCGCCCCCUGACAGGCCUGUAGGACAGUUAUUGCGCGAUCUGCUUUCUUACUUGGAGGUAGACCGUGGGUUUACUACUAGUAGGUGCGUGGGUGCUGAAGAACCGCAUUGUAACCAUCGACGACAGGAACAUAUGGAAGAUUGUGCUCCCCAGAGGUGCGCAAGCGCUUCUCCUGAGCUCCAUGUUCCCGACGUCCAGGCAGCUCCGCAUCAUUCGGGUUAUUUCUCACCUGUUCGCCAGGGGUCUGUGGACCGGGGAAAAGUAACGCAGUAUCUUCUCCCAGAACAGCGCAGCGAACAUGUAGGACGUACAACGUGUUGUCUCGACUUGGAUGACACCCUUGUGCAUACCUUUGAGAGGCGCCCCUCGUGGUGGAACCCGGCGGAGAAUUCCUUUCAUUUGGAGAUCGAACUGAACAUACCAACUUCUGCUGAUCAGGUCGGCACCUAUGCGGCAGCCAGCGCAGGUUGUGGUAGUGAGGGUUAUGAACCAGAUAAGGCGUGUGCCUCCACCCCAUCACAACCCUCAUCACCACAACUAGUCAACCGGAAAGCACAACUCUCGCCAAUGUGUAGCGCACGCUCUCGCCUCCAACAACGUCUUUAUGUUUGUAUCAGACCCUUCGCAAAGGAGCUUCUGGAGUACUGCUUUGAAACAUUUGAAGUUGUAUUCUUUACUACGGGUACAGAGGAGUACGCGACCUCGAUCUUCGACCAUCUGGACCCUCACCAUAAAGCACAUCGGCUCUACAGGCACCACUGCACGGCCGUGGGGGAUACCUAUAAAAAAGACCUUUCACUGUUGGGGCGGCCACUCGAUCGUGUAAUUCUUUUGGAUGACCGCGGGCCGGAGGUGAGUUUUCAACCGAACAAUGUUCUCUUCUGUGAUCCCUUCAUCAUUGAGGAAAUGGAUGACGCGUUGCAACGGACUCAGGGUGAUGAUGUCUUAAGCAGCUUUCUCAAGUUGCUGAGGACGCUGGCCACGCUGCCACCGUAUUUGAUGUUGCAAGCCAUGAGGGAUUAUCAAGAUGCCGUCGCGAGGGUGUGGGAGGAAGACGUACCUUCACCACCCGAGUAG